AAGCAUUUUAUUUUCCCUGCACCUCUCUCAGCCAUAUAUCAACCCAACUAACAUAUCUCUUGUUCAUCGCUUUCACUCUCCAUUAAUUAGAUCCACUCGGAGGAGAAACAAGAAGAGGCAGAAGACAUGGCAACCACAUCUGCUGCUGUGCUACACGGCUUGAGCUCCUCCUUCUUGACUUCCGGCAAGAACCAGGCCUUGCUGGCUGCGCCGGCAAGAGCCGCCGUGGCUGCGCCUGCUGCUGCUCCCAAGAGGUUCGUUGUGGUGGCUGCUGCCGCUACCAAGAAAUCUUGGCUCCCUGGUGUUAGGGGUGGCGGCAACUUGGUCGACCCUGAAUGGCUAGAUGGCUCGCUGCCAGGGGACUACGGUUUCGACCCAUUGGGUCUCGGAAAAGACCCAGCUUUUCUGAAAUGGUACAGAGAAGCGGAGCUAAUCCACGGCCGGUGGGCAAUGGCGGCAGUCGUCGGCAUCUUCGUGGGCCAAGCCUGGAGCGGCGUUCCAUGGUUCGAGGCCGGAGCUCAGCCGGGCGCCAUCGCUCCCUUCUCCUUCGGCUCACUCCUGGGCACACAGCUCCUCCUCAUGGGGUGGGUUGAGAGCAAGAGAUGGGUGGAUUUCUUCAACCCAGACUCGCAAUCCGUGGAGUGGGCCACGCCGUGGUCGAGAACGGCGGAGAAUUUCAGCAACGCCACCGGCGAGCAGGGAUACCCGGGCGGGAAAUUCUUCGACCCGCUGGGAUUCGCUGGGACGCUUAAGAAUGGGGAGUAUAUCCCGGAUACCGAGAAGCUGGAGAGAUUAAAGCUUGCGGAGAUUAAGCAUGCGAGGAUUGCGAUGUUGGCGAUGCUGAUCUUUUACUUUGAAGCUGGGCAGGGAAAGACGCCUCUUGGGGCUCUUGGGUUGUAAGGUGAAAGAUGGAUGGGUUUAAAACGUUGGUGUAAUUAAAGAUCGAGUCAUUCAAUGUAGAAAAAGAAGAAACUGGAUUUCUUGCUUUCAGUUCCUCCCAUGAAUUUAUAUUCUUUCCACAUA